AUGCCAACACAGACAGCUUUAAAGCUCUCCCUUUCUCUCAUGGAUUUCACUGCAGUUUUCGUCUACAUGGGUGGCACCGGAAGUGCUUCCUCUAACGAGAGACUGGUGGCCAUAGGCUUGACCCUUCUUGCUAUCGUCUCGCCGUUGUAUAUCGACCGGAAGCCAUCGACCGAGCCGGAUCCCGACGAGCAGCCCAUCAGCCUUGCUUCUUGGCUACCUCUGUUGCUUGUGGUCCUCAUCGUUGCCAUCAACUUGUCUCGCUUCUUAGACCGGAGCUUUACGAGGUUCGACCCCUACUGGAUACACAGAGUUGGUGGGUCUUCAUGUGGGAUCUUGGUGCUUCUCAUGGUGCUCGGACUGGUUUUGAAGUGUAAAGCUUCCAUAUGGAACUGGGAGCCAUGA